AUGAACGGUCCUCUGGAGGGUUUCGUCAGGACCCUCCCCCGGCAGAAUUCCACUCCAGAGGACCGUCCAGACGUCUACGCCCUUGACUGUGAGAUGGGCUUUACAGUCAGGGGCCUAGAGCUCUUAAAGGUCACCGUGAUCACUCAGGACGGCUCGGUAAAGUACGAGUCCCUAGUUCGACCUAAAGCCGAAAUCGUAGAUUACAACACGAGGUUCUCCGGUGUCAAGGAAGAAGAAUACUGCGGCAACUUGAGGACGUUGAGAGAAGUACAGAGUGAUAUGACCGAGUUCAUAAAGGAAGACACCAUCCUCAUAGGCCACGGUCUUGAAAAAGACCUCAGAGCCUUCAGGAUGGUCUACUCUACUUAUGUAGACACGGGGGUCGUCUUCCCUCAUCGAUCCAAGACAAUCCUGAGGGUCACAAGAGCACCGAGGACGCCAUGGCCUGUCUGGAUUGGAUAA